AUUCGUUCGGCUGCACCUUGAGCUCGACGGCGUCAGCUUGCUAGCUUGGUGAGGCACGAGUCGACAGUUGCAAAGAUGGUGCUCAAAGCCGUGUGUGUGCUGAAAGGAGCCGGAGAUACCACCGGGACAGUCUAUUUCGAGCAGGAGAACGACUCGGCCCCUGUGAAGGUGACUGGAGAAAUCAGUGGUCUCACACCUGGUGAGCAUGGCUUUCACGUUCAUGCUUUUGGAGACAACACGAAUGGCUGCAUAAGUGCAGGGCCACACUACAAUCCCUUUGGCAAGAACCACGGCGGCCCAACUGAUGAAGAAAGGCAUGUUGGAGACUUGGGGAACGUGACUGCAGAAAACAAUGUAGCAAAGAUCAACAUCUCUGACAGUCUUCUCAAGCUCUCAGGACCCAACUCUAUUAUUGGCAGAACUAUGGUGAUCCACGAGAAGGUUGACGAUCUUGGAAAAGGAGGAAACGAAGAGAGCUUGAAGACGGGUAACGCUGGUGCACGCCUGGCCUGUGGCGUCAUUGGCAUCACUCAGUAAAUCUAGUCCAAGAUGGCGCACUAAAGUCCCCCCCCCCCCACCCCAAGGCACUUAAUGAGACCAACAUAGCUACUUGAUGUAUCCUUGUUCCUUUCAGUACUCUGUGGGCCUUUUGACUAGUUUGCUAGUUUAGCCAAUAUCUGCCCUAUCUGUUCUAAAUCAAAGUUGUUUGACUGGAGCUUGUCUGUCAAGUGUCUUUUGGUCCAGAAGAAUUGGUAACGCACAAAUCAUUUCUAAAUGUAUACUAUUGCAGAGUAAAAUAUUUCUUCAGAGCCA